UUCCCUCCUGCUCCGGUGGCUGCCUGGGCCACCUAGCAGUACUGAGCUUUGGCCCAGGGACAGAAAGCCCAGGAAUGGGGAUGGCCCUUGCUUGUCCCGCGUCUUGCACCUGGGAUGGGGUCUGGAGGAUCUUCUCAGGGCUCUGAGGGAGGUGCUACCUUUAGUCGUCUUUUGCCAGGAAGGAAGGAGAGCUCUGGGUUUGGCUGGCUGGUGCACGGGCCGGAUUUGCAUGUGUGGGUGUGUGGGGCUCUGGGAGGGGAAGGAAUACCCCGGACCCUAGUCCACGCUGGAAGAGCCCUUUGUCUAGGAAGGGCCUGAGCGCGCUGCGUGAGGGGUGGCGGCGCAGGGCGCCUGGGAUCCGCCCCUCGGGUCCCUCCCCGAGCAGCCGCCCGCCCGCCGCCGGCCCGGGCUCCCGCACAUCUGGCGGUCCCGCGCACAUCUGGGCAGCCGGCGCCGGAGCAUGAACGGCUCGCAGGCGGGCGCCGCGGCCCGAGCCGCCUGGCUGAGCUCCUGCUGCAACCAGUCGGGGGUGCCUCCGGAGCCCCCGGAGGGCCCGCGCGCCGUGCAGGCGGCGGUGCUGGGCGUGCUGUCGCUGCUCGUGCUCUGCGGGGUCCUGUUCCUGGGCGGCGGCCUCCUGCUCCGCGCCCAGGGCCUGGCCGCGCCGCCGGCCCGCGAGCGGCGCGCGUCCCGCGAGGCCGAGCCCGGCGGCACCGGCGGAGGCGACGACGACGACUCGUAGGCGCCCGGCUGCGCUCGAGGGUCGCGGCCCCCGGGGGGCCCUCGGUCUCGGCGCCCGACUGCAGGGAGCGGCCCGACGGCUGCUGCGGAGCGAGGCUCCCGGGCCCUUGCCCAGAGCGCUUCCCCGGGACCCGCGCGCCCGCGCAGCCCCACCUGGUACCAAGGCCCAACUCCGUAGCGCCCCAGCGCUGCCCGUUCCACUGGGAGGCUGAGGAGAGACAUGGCCACAGAAACUCAGGCAACCCAGGCCUCCGGCUCCUGCUUCCUCCCCUCCUCUCCUUCAUGAAACUUUGUCCCUGGAAGGAGGUGAGCGCGUUGCUCCAGGAAGCUGCGGCUGAGGAUUCCCAGCUGUGGGGGCUCCAUCUGGCCCUCCUGCCUCUGCCUCUCCAAGGACAGGAACCAUCUGGAGGAAGGGGCCUGGGUGGCCUAAAGACAAGAUUCCUGAGCCUUGCUUGGUCUGUCCCCCAGAGGGCUCUCCCUCCAGCCUACUGCAACGGGAGCUCCUGCUGCUUUUGAUCCAUGCACGCUGCAGAUGACAGCCUGGGAGAAACCUGGAGUGUGGCGAGACCUCCACCUGGGACCCUUGCACUCAGCUGCUGCCUCUGCUCUGCUCCUGAAGUACUUGGGCGUGGGUCUGGGAGGUCAGCACUGCGGGAAGGAAAGCCCCUGGGUGAUUGCCGUGUGUCCUGGGCACUGAAGUGACCAUGCGCCCUGGAUGCUCGGCACAGUAGAUGCUGGCUUUGCUCCCUGCCCGCCAGGCCUCCGGGGACAUGAGCAUGUCCUGUCUCCCGUGCAGGGUGGUCAUGGUCUGACAGGCCAGCGACCUGUCCCUGCUGAGGGCUGUGGGUCAGUGUCACCCAUUUGGAGGUCUUGGGUGCUCCAGCAAUGCCCCAUCACUUCUUGUGGCUGGUUAUUAAAUACGCCGGUAAUGCAAACUUGGGUGGGUAUCGCCAGCUCCUGACUCUUGGCAUUAGUGACUGCCCGCUACCCCCACUCCCCUCCCCCUAGUUUGAACUAUUUCUGGCAGAUACUGAAAUAGCAACCCAGCCAUGCCCCUCUUCCCUGGUCUCUCCUCAGUGGUGGCUAUUCCCCUCCACGCCCAGAUCCAAACAGGAGGUGAGGCAGACAGUGACUCUCGUGCCAGCACUUGACUGCCCCCCUGUGGCCAUUGUGAGCAACAGCACCGUUUCAUUCAGGGGGUACAUUGGGAUGUGAUCCGAGUCCAGCCUGAGCCCAGGGGGUUUGAAAUGAGAGUGGAUUUUGUCAGUGUGUGCACUGAAUUCUAGAGUGUAAACCAUCCUGACUUUCAGUCUCUUCAUCCAUAAAAUGGAGGCAAUAAUGUCAUUAUGAGGAUCAAAUAGGUAAUGUGCUUGACUGUGGAUAAAAGGCUUUCUACACUGUAAUUACCAUGUGAUGUAUUAUUUUCCCUGAACCUGACCAUCCCCAGAGAAGAGGUGUAGACCCACCCACCCUGUUCCUAGUAUUUACUGAGUGACUGCU